AUGCACCGAGUCAGCGACCAGCUUCGUGACCGCCACCCGUACGCGGAUGAGCCGUUCCGGGAGGCGUACAACUCCAAGGAGGUAACACGUGCCUUCGGCGCCCGAGCAAUCCCCAAGUAUGCAGAGUUGUUGGCGAUGGAGGAUCUUCCUGACGAAGACCGCUGUCGCGCACUUCAGGACUUGCGCGAACUGCUCAGUAGCCCGAACUCGAAGUACACGGCUGUCACGAAGGAGCUCAUGUUCACCUGCGCAGACCUGACUCAGUCGAUCUCCGCCGAGGUUCGCACUGAUGCGGCACUAGUGGUGGCAUCCCUGGUGCUGUUUGAAACGGACGCACCGAAUGAACUGAGCGAUGAGGUCGUGCUGACUGCGGCGACUCGCUUGCUUGGUGAUGACGAAGAGGAGGUCGUUGCUGCUGGCUGCCGCAUUUUCAUCAACCUGACGAUUUCUAGCGAAGGUUGCUUAUUGCUCGCGAACAAACCCGAGGCUAUGGCCACUCUGACCAACAUGCUGACGACCCAACCGCUGUCGAAGCUACCCACGCGAAUUGUCGACGUGCUUGUGGAGAUUCUGGCCAACAUCACGCGUGUUUACGAGGGCGCUCGAGCCUGCGCGCAAUUUCCUAUUGUCGCGCCAGUGUUGUCCCUGAUCAAGAAGCCGCGGUUGUGUCAUGCCGAUACGUUGCUGCACUCCGCCAUGGUGAUCACGAACGUGGCUGCAUACAAUCAGGCCAAACGAGAGGCCAUUCAGUAUAAGGCCGUGGAAUUAUGCCUCAAAGCGCUGUCGAAGGUGCUCCUUGGCCAAGUGCGCUGUGAAGCCACCGAAAAGCGCGACGAGCUCACUCGAUGUCUGGUUGCAGCCGUGAUGGCGCUAUCGACUUUGGAAGACGCUAAGCCGCGCGUGAUUGAGUUCGGCAUUGAGCCGCUGGCGCAGUGUCUGACGCACAGCAGCGCCUCUGUGCGGCAGAACGCCAGCAUCGCGAUCAAUUCUGCGUGUGAACUACCACGCGGGAUAGCUCCGUUCACUCAGAGGCUGCUCUGCUCACCGGAUCUGCUGGUGGAUGUCCUGGGCAUCAAGGCCGUGCCUGCCCUUGACAAGAGCUUGAGCAGCUUCGAUGACGAGGACACGCCCGCUGCAGUGAAGGCGCUAGCUGCGAUCCAGAAGAAGGAUACGUACGGUACUGCGGACCGCAUCAUCCAGACCCUGGACAUGCUGGACAACCUGGUCAGAGCUCUGCUCGAGAGCGACGUGCCAGCCGAGACGCAGCAAAGCGUCGCAGAAGUGCUCAGGCGGAUGAGCGAAGCCGACGCGAGCAACCGACGCCGCGUGAGCAAGUGUAUGGUCAAGCACAGCGUCCCUGAGGCUCUGUUCGCGCAGAUCGUGGGCUUCACGCCGGCCGAGUUCCUCGAGCAGGUAGGAACACUGGCUGAGACUGCCACAUACAAAUUCCAAUAUGUCUGCUUUCAAGUGGUUCUGGAAAGAAGGUUAGCAUCUCCCUCGACAAGGACGGGAUUGCGCGUAUGCGUAUCCAACCACUGGAUGGUUUAA